GCCUCGGAGCUCGCAGACGCUAAGGGGAACAUGGCGGCGGCGGAGCCAGUUGUCCCCAUGCUCCCCAACAGCGGCGGCGUGGGCGCGGGGGCACCGUCGGGCACGGUCCCCGUGCUCUUCUGCUUCUCGGUCUUCGCCCGGCCCUCGUCGGUGCCGCACGGCGCGGGCUACGAGCUGCUCAUCCAGAAGUUCCUCAGCCUAUACGGUGACCAGAUCGACAUGCACCGCAAAUUCGUGGUGCAGCUCUUCGCCGAGGAGUGGGGCCAGUACGUGGACCUGCCUAAAGGCUUCGCGGUGAGCGAGCGCUGCAAGGUGCGCCUUGUGCCGCUGCAGAUCCAGCUCACUACCCUGGGAAAUCUUACACCUUCAAGCACUGUGUUUUUCUGCUGUGAUAUGCAGGAAAGGUUCAGACCAGCCAUCAAGUAUUUUGGGGAUAUUAUUAGUGUGGGACAAAGAUUGUUACAAGGAGCCCGGAUUUUAGGAAUUCCAGUUAUUGUAACAGAACAGUAUCCUAAAGGUCUUGGAAGCACUGUUCAAGAAAUUGAUUUAACAGGUGUAAAACUGGUACUUCCAAAGACCAAGUUUUCAAUGGUCUUACCAGAAGUAGAAGCUGCGUUAGCAGAGAUUCCUGGAGUCAGGAGUGUUGUAUUGUUUGGAGUAGAAACUCAUGUAUGCAUCCAACAAACUGCUCUGGAGCUAGUUGGCCGAGGUAUCGAGGUUCAUAUUGUCGCUGAUGCCACCUCAUCGAGAAGCAUGAUGGAUCGGAUGUUUGCUCUUGAGCGUCUUGCUCGAACUGGGAUCAUAGUUACCACGAGUGAGGCUGUUCUGCUGCAGCUGGUGGCUGAUAAGGACCAUCCAAAAUUCAAAGAAGUUCAGAAUCUAAUUAAGGCGAGUGCUCCAGAGUCGGGUCUGCUUUCCAAAGUAUAGGACAUUGGAAGGACUGAUAUGCUGUUUGCCAUCAGGAAGAACAGGACUGUAAGCCCAGACAAGGCUUGUCUCCACUAAACUAAGACGUUAAGUCAAAAAUUUUCUCCUUUUUUGCACCUCUUAGUAAAACUUAACCAGCUAGACCAUUUGGGUACCAGUGUUCAGUUAUUAAUGUCAGAGGCUUCAGGUGCUGCAUACCUUCCUUCUUUGUUAAUGUGCUUUUUAUUUAUUGAAAAAUAUUACAAUGAGGUGUCUGCUUUGUCUACACUGUACACAUUGAUCAUAACUUUCAAAAGUGUGUAGUCUUGUGACAUCUUAAUUGUGCACUUUAAAAAAAAAGUACCGAUAAUUGAUAUUUGUAUUAUUGUUAGAUGUCUGUUAUAAUGUUAACAUGGAGUUACUGCUUUUACUUUGCAGGUUGAUUGAAAUAGGAUAAUUGUAUAAGCAUUUAAAAACAGAAUUCUGGAUUAUGUUACCUCCUUUCCUCCCAAUGUUGUUGACUUACUUACUGAGUGAGUUGCAUUGAUCUAACCAAAUCAAAUUAUAUUACAUAAUUAUGUAUCUUUCUUGAUUUUGCUGAUUUUCUUAUUCUUAUCACUUAUUCUCUGUUAAUGUCCUCUUCUGUAGCUGAAUCAUUUACCUAGAAAGACUCGUUGAGUCAUUGCUUACUUUAAUUUUAUAAAUGGAUGGAAUAAUUGGCAAGGCCAAAUAACUAGGAAGGCUGUUUAACAUUCUUUGGAGUAUGACUUUAGCUCAGUAUCUUACAACCACCUUGGAUACGUGCACAAGGUUUAGCAAAGGUAAAGGUAAAAGCUGAAUAAAAUGUAGUUUCAAAAUGUCCAGGUUCUAUUUCAGCUAAUUUUCUCUACCCAUCCGCCAAACAUUAAUUAUUGUUAAUGUGAGAAGCAUUAGUAAUGGUUUAGUAGUAUUAAUUUUGUAGUCAUCGCUACCGUUCAGUACAUUUAUUUUCAUUAAAUACUUAUUAGAGGAAUUUGAACUUUUUUUUGAAAUAUUAUGUGAAAUGUGGAACAUUGCUGUCUUUUAUAAAGUAAUUAAAGAAAAUAUGCAAAUGAAAUUAUUUGAUCCACCACAAGAUGGCUCUCUGAGUAUUAUUCCAGGGAUUCUAAUAUUUAUUUGAAGGUAAUAAAAUUUUGCCAUUUAAAAUCUUUCAACUCAUGGGAAUUUUCGAAGAAGGAAGAUCCAUUGUUGAGGGGGUGGAUUUUCCUGAAGGACAUUCUUCAUUACUUAAAAGCAGUAGAAAUGUUUGUUUCCUUUGUCAGUAGUAACAAAUAGCACCCUAGAGUUUUUUUUGUGGGCGUUUUUACUUAUUUUUUCCAGUAAGUUUGUGUGUCAAAAAGAAAGAUAUCUCCACUUUUUUAAAAUAGCUUUUCAUAUAUUUAGCCUAAUGUUUCUCAAACUGUAAAACCAAAAACCCAUUGCCCCAAGUCGAUUGUGACUUAUAAUGACCCUGGAGGACAGAAUAGAACUGCUGCCCAAUAGGGUUUCCAAGGCUGUAAUCUUUACAGAAGCAGACUGACACAUCUUUCACCCAUGGAGCAGCUGACGGGUUCGAGCCACUGACCUUUUGGUUAGCAGCCAAGCUCUUAAACACUGCACCACCAGGGCUCCUUUUACAAACUAUAAUAUGAAUUGAAAUAACCCAGGGAUCUUGUUAAAAUGCUGGUUCUGAUUCAGUAAGUCUGGGGUAGGGCCCAAGGUCCUGCAAUUCCAGUCAACUGCUAAUUGAUGCCAGAGCUGCUCAGAAGGGACCACAGCUUGAGCACCCAAACCACUGCAGUGAAACCAUUUCCACGCUGGAACCAGUGUUGUAGCCCUAUAUGAGUUUUUUUCUUGCUGUGACAACAAAUUAUCACAAACUUAGUCAUUUAAAACAACACAAAUUUAUUACCUUACGUUUCUGGAGCUCAAAACCAAGAAAACCAAACCCAUUGCCGUCAAGUCGAUUCCGACUCAUAGCCACCCUACAGGACAGAGUAGAACUGCUCCACAGGGUUUCCAAGGAGCAGCUGGUGGAUUUGAACUGCCGAGCUUUUGGUUAACAGCCAUAGCACUUAACCACUACGCCACCAGGGUUUCUCUCUGGAGCUUAGGAGUCCAGAAAUCAAGGUGUUGAUGAGGCAGCAUUCCUUCUGGAGGCUUUAGGGAAAAAACUUUUUCCUUGCUGUUCUCACCUUCUAGAGGCCCCCUUCCAUCUUAAAAGCAGGACUUUGAACUGUUGUUGCCUUCUGGUUUGAACCCCUGCUGAGAAUUUUCAUUUCUAACAAGUUCCCAGGCAAUAUUUAUGCUGCUGGUUAGGGUCUAAUUCUGAAAGCCACUAGUAGAGCCAAACCGAAAACCAAACUUGUUGCCAUCGAGUCGAUUCUGACUCAUAGCUACUCUGUAGGACAGAAUAGAACUGCCUCAUAGUUUCCAAGAUGCACCAGGUAGAUUCACGUCUGCCGACCUUUUGAUUAGCAGCUGUAGCUCUUAACCUCUAUGCCACCAGGUUUUCCUCUAGUAGAGCAGUGGUUCUCAAAAUUUAUUAUACAUAAGAAUCACCUGGGAAUCUUGUUAAAGUGUAGAUUCUGAUUCAGUAUAUCUGCACUGGAAAUGCAAAGUCUUAGCAGGGUUUUGAACCAGAAUGAACUGGUUGGAAGCCCUGCUUCACUGGCAGGUAUGGUCCUUCUCACUUGGAAUCUGUGACUAUUCUGCCUCCCUCUUCAUAUUUUAAGAGUGCAGGUAAUUACAUUAGACCCACCUGGGUAACCAAGGGAUUGUUUCCCUAACUUGAUGUUAGCUGAUUAGCAGCCCUAAUUUCAUCUGUAACCUUAACUCCCUUUACCACAUAAAAUAACUUUAUCAUGCGUUCAGGGAUUAGGAUGUGAAAUAUUUGAGAGGGCAUUAUUCCGUAUAUCACAGACCUCAUGAUGUGAUUUAGUAUUUUAUUUCAUUCCAUUGUCACAUUUCCAUCUUGUCCACUAGAUUGUAAGCUCUUUGAAAGCAGGGAGUGUGUGUGAUCUAUGCUCAAUUUGGAAACACUUUUUGAAAACCUACUAAGUUCUAAGCAUUGUGGUAUGUAUUAAGGAUAUAAAGAUGCCUCUAAGAAGCUCAUGGUCAAAAAAAUGUGAAUUGAAUUAAAUUGUGUCCAAGGUCCAGAAAUGUCUCUACAAUGUUGACAUUCAGAAUAACAAUUUUUAAAUCCUGCCUUUUCCCUUUUUUGUAGAUCAUGCCAACCAACGUGACGAGGUCUCAUUACAGGAAUACUGAACUGAUUUUAAUACAUUAGGCCUUGAAAUUGGAAAUACUUGUAGUCUUGUAGGGUAGUGAAGUUCUUUUAAAUGAUGUAAAUAAAGAAAUCGAGAACAUAACCAAAGGAAGUAUUCCAGUGUACUGAAUUGCCGUGGGGAUAGGAGUGGGAUCUAGAAGCUUCGUUUAUUGAGAUGUUAAAACAUCUGCAGUCUUAAACUAAAAAGUGACAACUUUUUCCAACAAAGAAAUCCAAAUAUUCUGUUGUAACCAAUAAAAUAACACAUUUCUAUAUUUAGGUGGGAUAUUGUCCAUUUUUAAAAGCUGGUGUUUAGGUAUAUAUAACUUUAGAGCUUGGUGAAACUUUAAAGAUCAUGAUCUCAAAGGUUCGUUUCAGCUCUAAAAUUCUAAAAUGGCUUUAUUUUACAGAUGCAGCAAGUGAAGCCAGAGAAAAAUGGCUUGUCUGAAGUUGCGUAGGUAAAGGAAGGCUCAAGCAGGAUGAGAAUCGAGGCUACUUAACCUCUUGUCCUGUACUUCCUUGCACUGAUUGAUAACGUUAAAGAUUACCUGAAGGAAAGGGAGAACAGCAGUGAGGAUGCCUAGAAAAGAGUACGUUUUACCAUCUGUAAAACAGUGCAGUAUACUGUCUUGAUUAGCACAGCUAAUGGGAUACGCCCCUAGCUGGUGCUGAUCGCUUUUCCUCUUCACAGUCUUUAGUCUCAGUUCUUCCCAAUGGUUUUCUCUAAAGCACAUUUCCUAGCUAAUUUUGAGAGAAUAGCUGAUAAUAUGAAAAUGAUUUUCAUUGUCAAAUAAACUACAGAUCAGUUUUUCCACAUCAUUAAAAUGAUUAGUGCCUCCUCAAUCCUCCUUGGGGCAUUGUUGUCACUGUUUGACCUUUGAUUAAAAAGAUUUGAAAAAUCACUAAGAUAUAGUGAGAUAUGUAUUAACUACUUAGAUAUGAUGGAAGUGGUUUUUUUGAAAUAAUUAGUAUUGGCUUUUAGAAUUCUAACUUCCAUGUUGCUUUUAUUGAUCUUUUCAGUCGUUCCUAAGUUCUGUAUUGUGCUUAAACCACAGACCAUCUUAUCAAGAACGUAUAGCGAAAUACCGUUUACAGUAAGCCCCAGGUUAGGAACAUCCGACUUACCGAUCGCUUCACCUUGCCUUUUAAUGUUAGGUAAAUUUGCCCUCACUUUGAAACGAUUGAAUGAACCCCCACUUGCAGCAAAUUCUUCACCACGAUCACCUUCACUUGCCGCACGUGCACUGUUACAUCACUGAAAAAGCUUCGAGCCUUUUCUCGCACUAAAAUAAGGCUAAAUAAGAACCACAUGCACCUGUUCCAACUGACCUACAAAUUCAGCUUAAAGGCAGACUCAGGAACUGAUCUGGUUUGUAACCCAGGGACUGCCUGUACUUUUUCAACAAAAGCGAAAUCCAAAAUGACAGUCAAGUAAAAUAACCUAUUAAUUUCUAUUUAUGAGAUUAUUAAUCCUGAUUUACUUGCUGUAGUAGGCAGCAUUCUGAAAUGUCUCCCAACAUUCCCACUGUUUUUCUUACGUACACUUUUUCCCAAUUAUGCAAUCAAGCAUUAAUCAGGUGCUGCUGUGAAGGGAUUUUUUCAGAGGUGGAAAAUCAGUUGACCUUAAGAGAAAGAGCUUAGCCUUGGUCUGACUGAAUCAGGUGAGCCAUUUAAAAGGGAUGGAGCUUUUCCUGGUCAGAGGGAUUAGACAUGAGGGAGAUUCUCCAUUGCUGACAUAGAAGAUGGAGGAAACCCAUGGCAAAGAAUGCCAGUAGCCUGUAGGAGCUGAAAGCAGCCCUAGUUAACAGCCAGUGAGAAAACAGGGAUCCCGGUCCUACAACCAGAAGGAACUGAAUUUGAGCAAGAAACUGAAUGAGUUUGGAAGUAUUUCCCUUAGGGCCUCCAGAAAAGAACACAGCUCAGCUAAUGCCUUGAUUUCAGCCUUUUGAGAUCCUGAGCAGAAAACCCAGUCACAUCUUGCCCAAACUGCUGACCUACAAAAAAAAAAAAAAAAACCGUGAGCUAAUACAUUUGUGGAAACCCUGGUGGCAUAGUGGUUAAGUGCUAUGGCUGCUAGCCAAAGAGUCGGCAGUUCGAAUCCGCCAGUUGCUCCUUGGAAACUCUAUAGGGCAGUUCUACUCUGUCCUGUAGGGUCGCUAUAAGUCAGAAUCGACUCGGCGGUACUGGGUUUUGUUUUUUUUUUUUAAUAAUACUUUUGUGUUGUUGUAAGCCUCUAAAUUGGUGGUAGUUGUUCACACAGCAAUGGGAAAAUAACAGUUGCUCUUUUUCUUUUUUGCAGUAACGUUUAAUUGGAGAGAGCUGUCUUAAGAAACAAAUAACUUCAGGUGGACAUUAUUAAGCGUCUCUUAGUGUUAGUAAUAAGACUAGAAUUUUUCCCAGUUAAUGAAAUAAAAGCGUUAUUUUUGAAAUAGAUUGUUCAUGUUAGAAAACUGGGCUUAAACAAGCUUUUCCUUCUCCUUCCCCUCCUUCUUCCUCUCUAGAAGAAUCCGUCCUAACCGUGUUUUUUCCUGCAGAUUGCCUCCAUAAAAAAAAAGCUCUGAAUAAUAUGCUUGUAGUAAUAAUGCUUGUAUGCUUAUGUCUUCAUUUAAAGUUUUAGAUAAUCUCUAUUAUUUCCUGUGGAAGAUGAGGAUUUAGCUUACUCAUAUUAUGUAAAUUGUUUACAAUCCCAUAUCUGCAUUGCUUCUCCCACCACCAUGGUUAAAAGUUCUGUUUUUAGUUCUGCUGAUUAUCUUUGUUACUUGGCAGGGUGUCCCCCUCGUUGAUGUUCCUCCUUCAGCUAUAGUGUCCCGGCACCUCUCAGUGGAAGGGGAGGAUAUCAGUGCCUCUGCUUGUCCACUUCAGCCAACUCAUAUGUUUCUCUUUACUUACAAAGCUGAUUAAGUUUUACGUUAAGUUUUUAUAUAACCACUUGCUCUGGACUGAAUUAUGUCCCCCAAAAAUAUGUGUUGUAAAUCCUAACUUGUAUGAUGUGAUUAUAAUCCCACUUGGGAAUGAUUGUCUUUGUUACAUUAAUGAAGGAUUAGUGUAGGGUAUAUUUUGAGUCUGUCUCUUAUGAGAUGUAAAAGAGAUUUUGCAGGGGAGCAGAUCAGAGAUGGGGUAAAAUAGAUGCCAGGACACAUGGAGAUCUCCAAGAAACCAGGAAGCAGAAGCUGAAGAGACAAGGACUUUCCUCCAGAGCUGACAGGAAAAGCCUUCCCCUACAGCUCGCCUUCUGAAUUCAGACUUCUAGCCUCCUAAACUGUGAGAAAAUAAAUUCUUUCGUAAAACCAUUCAUUUGUGGUAUUUCUGUUACAGCAGUGCUAAGACACCUUAAUCCUGUCUCUUGCAUGGUGAUUUCUCUGGAUCAAUUUGUAUCUGAUGCUUCCUCGUUCUGGGAUUUUACUUCCUUCCUCUGGUGUUUUGGAUCCUCUGAAGCUUGUAUGGUGGUGGUUUUUCAUAUAUGAUGUUUAGCACCUGGUGGGCCUGCGACUUAAGUCUUUCAGCGCUUGGAAAUUAUCUUAUUCUUUUUUUGGAUAAUUUCCUUUCCUCCAUUUCAUCUGUCCUCACUUUCUGGAACUCCUGGUAGUUGGAUAUUAGAACUCCUGGAAUAGUCUACCAGUUUAUACUGUCUCUCUCUCUUAUAUUUUGAGAAUUUUCUUCUUCUAGCCUUUUUACUGAUUUUUUUUUAAUUUAGGCAAUCAUGUUUUCAAUUGUGCUUUUUCUUGCUCUAGUGCUUUUCAAUAGCACCACGUUCUUUAAUAAUCCAGCAACUUCUCAACCUAAUUAUACUAAUUAGAAUUUUUUUAAAGCUUUCCUCUGAAUUCCGUGUUUCCUAUGGUGUCAUUUUUUCCUAUUUAGCUUAUUCUCACUCUCAUACUACUGUUUAUUAAGAAAAUGUCUUUUUGUUUUUGUUCUCAUUUAAGAGCAAAGGAUUAUGUGUUGCAUUCUGUUUGCCCUGCUGGUGUUUUAGUGGGUCAUCUUAUUUGAGAUAUGUGCUGGGAGUUUUGUGUGGAAAGCAUAGGCUAUGUCGAUUGGUAGGCUUCUCUUUAAGGUGACGGGCAGGGUGUCAGCUGUCAGACUGCAGAGUCCUGAAAUGUUAGAAUGAAGAAGAAUUCUCUUUGACAUGCUGACACCCACAACAGAAGCUUAAAUUUUUCCCCUGACAGUUUGUUCAUUAGAAAAGAGAUACCUGCCUCUGGAUUUGGGAUGAGGGGUCAGUAGCAGCACCAUUUACGCCCUCUGUGUUUGGCCCCCUUCUCGCUCCUGUUCUUGCUUGUACCUGUAGUCUCUUGAGACCAGAGCCUCUUGGGAGUUCUGAUAGAAUCUACCUUCCGAUGCCAUAUUCUGGACACCUCUCCCUCCCAGUCU